AUGUUCUCGUUAAAACCACCAAAAUUCGCUUUGAUUGCUGCUGUGGAAGAAAACUGGGGGAUCGGAGUUAAUAAUGAGCUUCCUUGGAAAAUUAAAAAGGACAUGGCGUACUUUGAAAGAGUUACUAAAAAAGUGUUAAUAUCAGAUGAAACUACUGAUACAUCUCCUGCUACUUCUUGCAAGAGUAUUCAAAAUGCCGUAAUUAUGGGUCGUAAAACUUGGGAAUCUAUUCCGCCUAAAUUUAGACCUUUGAAAGAUCGAUUAAAUGUUGUUUUGUCUAAAACUUUAAAACCUGAAAGCGAUACGUACGUGAUUAAUUCAUCUUUUGAUGAAGCUGUUGCUAAUCUUGUUGACAAACCUACGAUUUCACGCAUUUUUAUAAUUGGUGGUGGAUGCGUCUAUAAAGAAGCAAUAGAAUCACCUCUUUGUGAAUAUAUUCUUAUUACUAAAGUGUAUAAAAAUUUUAAUUGCGACGCCUUUUUUCCAAAGAUUGAUGAAAAUUUAUAUAAAUUAGCAAGUCAUGAUGAAUUGGUAAACUUUACUGGUGAUGAUGUUCCUAAAGGUAGACAACUGGAUGGUGACAUUGAAUAUGAAUUUUUGAUGUAUAAAAGAAAUAAAGACGAAGGUGAUGAUGGUUCAAAGCCGAACGAACGAUCCCGCCUCAUAUCUGGUGACGGAAACUCCUAUGUUGAGCAGAGGAUGGCGUAUCCACGUUACGACGCCGCGGCAGAUCGUGAUAGAGAACGAGAAUCUUUGCAAAAAAUCGUUCAACGAACAGCAGAAGAUUUCAUAAGUACGAUCAAACUUGAUUCGAAAACACUUAAAAAGAUUCAAGAGAAGAACACUCUACCCAAGUUGCAGAAUAGAAAACCACUAUCGUUAUCUCAAAUUUCAGAUGUACAAAAUACAAAAUUGAUACCGCCUCAUGUUGUUUUAAACGAUGGAGGUUUAUCUAAAGAAGACCAGAUGUGGUUACACAAAGCCAUGGACGAAAUACAUGUUGCAAUUGACCACAUCGAGGUUGAAUAUGUGGGUGAUUUGGUAGUUCCAUUAACAUAG